GAGCUGGUUUCUGGUCAGUCGCCGAGGAGGUUGGAUGCACAUGAGCAUCUCUACGCCCGAGGUCUUGAGCGCCAGGCGCGGCAGAAGAAUCGCGAAGAGCAGGCGAAAGCCGCGGCCGAUGCUAGCAGCAAAGAGGCCGACACAUGCUCCAGGGCGCGGUCCCGUCGAUACUACUGGCAGAUGCUGGAACGACAAAUUCGGGAAGCGUUCUUCAUCGCCACUAAAGGAGGCAGCUGUUUGGCCUACCCUGCUCUGGAGGACUUUCUGCGCCACUUCGGGGUCCUCAAGGCGGCUACUUCCGCCGCCGACGGCAGAGCUCCCGAGGAGUCGCGCCGUUUGCGAUUGGCCCUGUGGCGGCACCUAGAUCCGCAGAAGACUGGCUUUGUGGAUUUUCUGACGCUGACGGUCUUCUUUCACGUGCUGAUGGGUGCCGUAGACGAGGAGGCGCAGUGUCUUCACAACCUCUCCCAGGUCGCCGAGGUGCCUUCUGCGACGAAGGGCCAGGUAUCGCCAGAGGUGAGGAGAAGGGAGCUCUCCUCCAUCAAUGAAGAGGGCUUUGACGAGCUCAUCGCUGCCGUAACCCCGAUGCAGCACCGCGCUUCCGAGGCCGCCGCAGCUGCGGCCGCAGCAGCGGCAGCUGCAGACCCUCAGGGGUCGCGGAUCUGUGAGCUCCUCAUGCGCUUCAAUCCAAAGCAGCUGCGAGCUGAGUUCACUCAGCUUUACCGCGAUCGCAUGCACUAUGCGGCUAUGGCCCGUCCACAGGAGCUGGCAAAGGGCCCGUCGUCCCCGCCCCUCACGGCCGCGAGCCGAAAAAUGGCUCAGCGCUUCACGCGGAAGAUGCAGGAGGAGAUCGAUCGCGAGGCCCGACAGAAGGAGGAGCCCGUCGGAAGUCAGUCCAAAGAGCCGAAGGCAUGCAAUGGUGCGAAAGCACACGUGGAGAUGAUGUACUGGCGCCACCACCAGGCCGAAAUGCGCAGGCAAGGGCUUCGCGAGCUUCGCCAGGCGCAGGAGGUGGCCGAGUGCACCUUCCGACCACGCUUGGUGGCUCGAAGAGCCAAGUCGGCAGAGUGCUUGCGUUCGUCCCGUGUGGCCUCCACAGCCACGCCGAGGAAGGAGGCUGAGGCCACGGCAACGCCGAGGAAAGAGGCUGAGGCCAUCCAGGGAAUGCGAUUUGGAGUUUAG